AUGAGUCAGGAAUAUUUCCCAGAGGAUGACGGAAAUUGUGUUGGCGAGUCGUCCAAACAGCAUGAUCGGGAGAGCUUAGGAUCUCCACCUCGCAGCACCUCAUUACCCCUCAGACCACAAUACAUGACUGUCGGAAGCGGAGGAUACUCUACUAAUGCGGCAGAGUUGAUGGCGCAACUGGAAAGAGACUCUGGCUACAGCACUGGCAUUGCUGGGGACGGUCAGUUCGACGGUGGCGAGAUGAGAGCAUGGCGUGAGGAAUUACUCCAAGAUCGACCAACACCAGCCCAUACCCCCAAACUCGAUGGCGAAGCCAACGAAACAUCGGAAAAUGAGAGAAGGAUCCUGGCAAGCCAUGUUCACCAGCUUUACUAUAAUCAAAAUCGAGUGGCGCUGGCCAAGGCGAUUGGGCAGACCGUAGAGCUGCUGAAGGAGCUACAACACAUGAACUCACAAUGGCCAGCACACUAUCCAUCCGUUCAUCGUUCUGAGCCGUCAUUCACCAACCGACCAGCCCUUAAACACAUAUCUUCGACACGUAGUGGAACAAACUUAUCUACCAGCCCCUCUUCACAAUCCACUCCGAGGCCAAUACCUCCAAAGCGUGCAGGAACUUCGAUAGGCGAGAGUAGCACAGGCGAAACAAGUACUAUGGCAGAAAAAAGGAAGACGCCAGAGCCCAGAUUGAUCACCCCUCAAAUCGCGCAAGAAUUUUCAAUCCUCAGGCUAGACCUCAAACUGGGAGCUCUUUCACAAGCUGAGCUCGUCCACUCACUGGAAAAGAGUUCGAUCGCAUCACUUCUUGACGGCAAGAUCAGUCAGAGUGUUCGACAUCUCCUUUCGUUACGUGAUCGAAUAGAGGAUACUUCCAGCAAAGUCCUGGUUACUGGUGAUCUCAAUGCGGGAAAGUCAACCUUUUGCAACGCGUUGUUGCGGAGGAAGAUACUGCCCGAAGACCAGCAGCCGUGUACAAGCAUCUUUUGCGAGGUCUUGGAUGCAAGAGAAAACGGCGGCUUGGAAGAGGUGCAUGCUGUCCACAGAGACCAGAUCUAUGACCGUCAUGAUGAGAGCACUUAUGACGCAUAUGCUUUGCAAGAGUUAGAAAAGAUUGUGACGGACAAUGAUAGAUACAUGCAGUGCAAGGUUUAUGUGAAAGACAGCCGGCCGGUUGAUGAGUCGCUCUUAAACAACGGUGUUGUCGAUAUAGCACUAAUUGAUGCACCUGGUCUGAAUUCCGACUCUGUCAAGACCACUGCCGUAUUUGCUAGGCAGGAAGAGAUCGAUGUGGUGGUGUUUGUGGUUUCGGCGGCUAAUCAUUUCACUCUUUCUGCAACAGACUUCAUCUGGCAAGCUGCUCAUGAGAAAGCCUACAUCUUUAUGGUUGUCAACGGGUUUGACAAUAUUCGGGAUAAGGAGAAAUGCCAGCGAAGGGUUCUGGAGCAAAUUGCUAGAAUGAGUCCACGAACAUUUAAAGAAGCUUCAGAGCUUGUGCACUUUGUGUCGAGCAAUGCAAUUCCUGUUGCUCCAGCAUUGCCACCGCUUGGGAAAAAUGUUGGUCGGGAUAGUGAGGAUGGUGAGCCACCGGGUCCACCAGAUGAAGAUCAAAGCGACGAGGAUGUACCAAUUGGCAAGCAUGGCGAGCCCGGCUCUCCAGGUAAAGGUAAAGGAAAGGACAAGGAGAAGAUUGAAGAUUUUGGGAAGCUCGAGAGCGCUUUACGGCGGUUCGUGCUCGAGAAACGUGCAAGGUCAAAACUAGCGCCAGCAAAGACGUAUCUCUUGAACUGUCUGGGUGACCUCCAUGUUCUGGCCACUGUCAAUCGUGAUGUUGCGCAGUCGGAAUUGGACAGAGUAAGCAAAGAGCUCUCAGAGAUUGAGCCUGCUUUUGAGGACAGCAAGAAGCACAGAAUUGAGGUCUCGGAUCAAGUCGAUAAAGAUGUGGACGCGGCCUGCACAGAGGUGUACAAUCAUACUCGAGAUGAACUUUCGAGGACAAUCAACCGCGUCGGUGAUGCUAAUCUUGGUGUCGAAUACCCUGGUCUCUGGUCAGCCUUCCAAUACGCUGAAGAUUUGAAAUUGGCUAUGCUAGACCAGAUUGCUGCCUCUGUCAAGGUAUGCGAGGACUAUGGCAGGGCACGAUCUAUUCAAGGUGUCAGCAUGAUCAAGUCUCUCGGCUUGUUGCAUAUCGGCGACGAGUAUCACAAUCUCACGUUCAGAUCUGAUCUGAUGUUCCAGCGACGGAAAGAUGCACUGGCGCGUUCUGUUGAUACGAAUGUCGAAAUGCUUGACUUUUUUGAUCUGGGUGGAUUAUGGGAACGUCAGGAAAAAGUCGUGGGAACUGGUAUGGCGAUGACGGUGGUGGGCACUCUAGGCACUCGUGCAAUCGGUGGUUUUGGAUGGGUGGAUGGCGCCUUCGGUGCCGCUAGGGUCAUGGGCUCGAAAAACCUAAGACGCCUUAUACUACCUGGUAUCGUUGCAGCUGCUGCAGUGACCGUUGCAUACGUCCUGUCAACCAUCCCGACCUCUUUACCGUCACGCCUAGCUCGCAAGCUCUCGGCCAAUCUUGCCUCGAUCGACUACACUCAUUCGAAUGCCGAUAGGAUCUCCUCUGAAGUGCGACGUGUGCUACAAUAUCCGGCUCGGCAACUUACGGUUGGCCUACAGCGUGGUGUUGAAGAGCUGCAAAAGAAAAAGGAAGACGUCAGCAAGACCAAGCGCGAGUCCCUGGCGGCCAGGAAAUUCUUUGGCAAUCUCGUAAGGGAAAGUGGAGAAGGCAGGAGAAGAGUAGAGGCGGUGGACCUUGAGGGACCUUUGCCUGGAGGUGCAGCCUCAUAUGUCGACCAAUGA